GGUUAGAUGAGAUUAAACACAAAACCUUUCCAGUACACAGUUUUAUCGGAUGCUGUCAGAGAAUGGAAGGAUCCAGAGAGGGCUCCUUUUUUCUCUAAAUCUCUAAAAAGGAGGUUUCCUUUUGAUGAAGAUGAAGCGCAGGUCUGGAAUAAGAAACCCAAACUUGACGCAGCUUUUUCAAAAGUGUCACGUAACACAGAUUUAGCUUUUGAGGACAUGGGUACCUUAAAAGAUAACAUGGACAAAAGAGCGGAUGCUCUUUUGAAGAAGGCGUGGGAUUCCACACUAGCCAACCUCAAGCCUGCUAUGGCGUCUACAGUAGUAGCUAGGAACCUGGAACAUUGGCUGGAUAAAUUAAAAAGCCAUAUUGAGGCAGGUACCUCUCGCAGAGAACUUCUGGAGUCCUUACCAGUAUUGGUCAACGCUGUAGGGUACAUGGCGGAUGCCUCAGCUGAGUCAAUAAGGAUGUCGGCUAGGUCCUCGGCCUUAAUUAACUCGGCUAGGAGAGCCUUAUGGGUUAAGACUUGGUCAGGGGACGCAGCUUCAAAGGUGAAGCUGUGUGGUCUGCCUUUUGAGGGGGACUUAGUAUUUGGUUCUGGUCUAGAGGCAGUCCUAGACAGAACAGCAGAUAGGAAGAAAGCUUUCCCUUUAAAGAAAGUAGUGCCACAAACCAAGAAGAAUUUUCGUUCUUUUCUCCAGUCCCAAAAUUCAAAGGAGGCACAGAGAGGUGGUAAGUCCUGGCGGCCCCCGAGGGGCCGAGGCAAGCCGGGGGUGUUGUUUCAUUCCCCCAGUCAGCCCUCAAAACCCCAAUGACGGUCUUCCAGCUGUGGGAGGGCGUCUUCAGUCAUUUCUCCCACAGUGGGAAGUAGCGACUUCCAGUGCGUUCGUCCUCAAGGUGAUCGCAGAGGGCUACGCACUGGAAUUUUCGGAGAAUCCACCGUCCCGGUUUUAUGUGACUCAGUUGCCAAGAGAUCAGGAGAAAUCUCAGGCAAUGAUGACUCUAAUAGAAGAAUUUCUUCAGCAAAGGGUUAUCACUCCUGUUCCCCAGCAAGAGGAAGGGUUGGGGUGUUACUCCCACGUGUUCUUAGUGAGGAAGCCGUCAGGAAAGUUCAGAUUGAUUCUGAACUUAAAAAUCCUGAACAAGUCAAUCCGUUACAAAAAAUUCAGGAUGGACUCCAUCUAUUCAGUAAGGAAGCUUCUCCCUUCAGGAUGCUUUCUUGCUUCAAUAGAUCUGAGGGAUGCAUACCUGCAUGUCCCAAUCAGAGCCUCAUCGCAACGCUUCCUUCGCCUGGCGAUCAGGACGGGGAAGGAGGUGAAACAUUUUCAGUUCAGGGCUCUCCUCCUCCCCCAGAAUAUUCACGAAGGUAGUGGCAGAAGCACUAGCACCACUCAGGUUGGAGGGAGUAUCUGUGAUCCCAUACCUGGACGACCUCCUGCUGUUUGCCAAAUCAGAGGAUCGGUUGCUCAGAGACCUGAGGAGGACUCAGUCCCAUUUAGAGGAAUUAGGUUGGAUUUUAAACAAAGAAAAAUCGAACCUGGUUCCCUCUCAAGUGAUAGUCUUUCUGGGGUAUUCCAUAGACUCAGUUCAGGAAAAGAUCUUCCUUCCGGAGGAAAAAAUUGUCAAAGUACAAGCAGCAGUAAAGGCAGUACAGACAAAUCUCCCAAUAACUGUCCGGACAGCUAUGUCCACUCUGGGUCUCCUCACAGCCUCUAUUCCAGCAGUUCAGUGGGCCCGUCUCCAUGCAAGAGAUCUCCAGCUGGCGAUCCUCCAAAACUGGGCUUUCGGGGAAUCCCUGGAAAAACAGUUUUUGAUCCCACCUCAGGUAAAAAGAAAACUUUGGUGGUGGAGGACUCGAGCAAAUCUGAGUCUGGGUCUGUUAUGGACCUUCCCCACGACAAAGAUCCUAACAAUGGAUGCAAGUUCCUGGGGGUGGGGCGCCCAUCUCGAGGGACAGAUGGCCCAGGGAUCCUGGUCAAGGGAGGAUUCCAGGAGAUCCUCCAAUUGGAGGGAGUUGAGAGCCAUUUUCAUGGGACUAAGGGCCUUCAGUCAGCCUCUCCAGAGUCAACAUGUCCAAGUCCUAUCGGACAAUGCCACGGCAGUGGCAUAUAUCUCAAAGCAGGGGGGCACGAGAAGCAGGUGCCUACUGAAUCUGGCCUUGCAAGUUCUGUAUUGGGCAGAAGUAAACGUGGCAUCCUUGUCUGCGGUACACCUGAAGGGCGACCUGAACCAUCUGGCGGAUUUUUUGAGCAGACAGGGUUCUGGAGUCAGAAUGGAGCCUAAACCAAGAGGUGUUUCAGGAAAUAGUGGACAGGUGGGGAACACCUCAAAUAGACUUGUUCACAUCUCAAGCCAACACAAAGGUCCCACGUUUUUUCUCCCUCAACAGGCUGGACCAAGCAGAGGGACUGGAUGCGUUAGCCCAGCGUUGGUCCUUCCGCUUGUGCUACGCCUUUCCCCCGGUUCAAUUGAUCCCGCUAGUUCUCAGAAAAUUGCAGGAGUAAAGGACGACUCUAAUUUUGGUAGCUCCUUAUUGGCCCAAGAGGCCCUGGUUUUCAGCCCUGUUAGAUCUAGCAAUAGAGGCUCAUUGGCUGCUUCCAGUCAGGAAGGACUUGCUGUUCCAGGGUCCCCUUCUACAUCCAGACGCAAGUCAUCUAAAGCUUGUGGUUUGGCUACUGAGGAACAAAUCCUAGAGAGUAAGGGUUUGUCCAGACGUUUACUUAGUACCUUGCUCAGUAGCAGGAAAGAAGUUACCAGGGCUAUUUAUUUUAAAACCUGGAAAAUUUUUAAUUUUUGGUGUGAAUCCAAGGAUUGUCCUCCUUUAAGUAUUUUGUCGGUCCUGGAGUUUUUACAGGACGGGAUGGACAAAGGUCUGGCAGCCAGCACCCUGAAAUCUCAGGUUGCUGCACUUUCAGUUUUUCUGGAGAGAAGGUUAUCUCUGGAUCCCUAUAUUAUCAGAUUUUUUUAAGGCCUUAGCCAGGGCUAGGCCUGUACCGUUUAAAUUUUUUCCCAAAUGGGAUUUAUCAGUUUUAAGAGGUCUGACUAAAAGACCCUUUGAACCACCUGUAGAGACCUCACUCAAGUUUUGGACUUUGAAGUUGGUUUUGCUAGUAGCAGUCACUUCAGCUAGGCGAGUCAGUGAACUUCAAGCCUUGUCAAUUAUUGAACCCUUUUUAACCAUCUUCCAUGAUAGGGUUGUGUUAAGGACAGAUCCGGGUUUCCUGCCUAAGGUCGCAUCAGCUUUUCAUAGAACACAAGAGAUUGUUCUUCCUACAUUCUGUCCAAAUCCAUCCGGUCCGAAAGAGAGAGAUUUUCAUACUUUAGAUGUGAAAAGGUGUUUAGUACACUAUCUAGAGAUCACUAGUGAAUUUAGGAAAGCAAAUUCUCUCUUUGUGUUGUUCUCGGGAGCUCGGAAAGGCUAUGGAGCUUCCAAAAACACUUUAGCUAGGUGGCUUCGUAUGGCUAUCCAUGAAGCUUACAAAGCCAUGGAUAUAGAACCUCCCACGGGAGUGGUGGCUCAUUCUACAAGGGCAAUGGAAACAUCCUGGGCGGAACGAGCUGGAGCUUCACCAGAAAAUAUCUGUAAAGCAGCCACGUGGACGAGUUUUUCUACAUUCACUCGCCACUACAGAAUGGAUUUGCUCGCAGCAGCGGAGCAAUCUUUUGGCAGGAAAGUCCUGCAAGCGGUGGUCCCACCCUAGACAUGGCCGGAGGUACUCGUUAACAACUGAGGUCAUGGUGGAAGUGGGCGGAAUUUAAAGCAAUGGCUGCAGUGUUUCCUGGGAAGUGGGUGGAGCUGCGCUCUCUCCAAGUGCUGUCCUGA